ACACCUGUUCGUUUGGGAAUUGGGAAUUGGGAAUUGGGAAUUCCAUACUUCCAUGGAAGGAUGCAAAAAUGCAUAUAGUACAGGUUAACCUUCCGGUCAAAUCCCGUCUCAUUCUCCACCCCUCUCCGGCCGGAUCGCCCAAUGGAUAAAGACGCCUUCCCGGCCUUGUCAUCGGCAGCUUAACCAGAAACCUGUCCGCAAAACAACAACAGGAAACACAGAUAGCCAAGACUCCGCUUUCCUUCUCGUUGCUCUCGCUCGCGCCCCCUCCCUCUCUCACACACACAAGGGCGAGGAGUCCGUGCGCACACCACACGCUCUCCUCUCAUAGCUCGAGCCGAUUUCGGCAGAUAGGUAGGUAGAGCGAGAUACCAAGCUUACAUAUCUGCCCGUACCAGGGACCAGGAAGAAGAAGGCUUGACAAGAUGGCCGGUGGGCUGGUGGGCGUGAAGGCGGCGCCGUUCACGUACGCGGCGCACGCGCUGGGCGCGGCGGCGGCGGUCAUGGUGCUCGUCUGGUGCAUCCACUUCCGCGGCGGGCUCGCCUUCGACGCGGUCAACAAGAACCUCAUCUUCAACGUUCACCCAGUUCUUAUGCUGAUCGGUUACAUCAUCCUUGGCAGUGAAGCGAUAAUGAUCUACAAGAUAUUUCCGAAAGUAAACCACGACACGGCGAAGCUGACCCACCUGAUCCUCCACGCGAUCGCCAUCGUUCUCGGCGCCGUCGGGAUCUACUGCGCCUUCAAGUUCCACAACGAGAGCGGGAUCGCCAACCUCUACAGCCUGCACUCCUGGCUCGGGAUCGGAGCCAUUUCUCUGUACGGGAUUCAGUGGAUAUUCGGGUUCGUGGCGUUCUUCUACCCGGGGGCGGCGCCGGGCGUGAGGCGCGGGGCUCUGCCGUGGCACGUGCUGUUCGGGCUCUUCGUCUACGUCCUGACGCUGGCGACGGCGGAGCUCGGGUUCCUGGAGAAGCUCACCUUCCUGCAGAGCUCCGGCCUCGACAAGUACGGCGCCGAGGCGUUCCUGGUCAACUUCACGGCCCUCGUCGUCGUGCUCUUCGGAGCUGCAGUCGUCGUUGCCGCAGUCGCUCCCAAGGCUCAGGUGCCAGAACCAGAGGGUUACGCUCCGAUUCCUGUCAGCUAGUAGUAUGUACGUGCCACAGUGAACGUCCUGAAGAUCGUACUGUGUGCGCAAUUAGUACCACGAGAUCAGUGUAAGCACAGAACAGAAUUCACUUGUUGAUUUGUGUGUAUCUGGUGUUCAGAUGAGCCAUGCAGGCCAAUAAUAAUUUCACUUGUUUGUUUUUCCUAAA